AUGUCCAAACUGGAGGAGCGGCAAUUCAUGCUUACAUGCAUUGAGUUGUAUCGUGAGCUUCCAGCUCUGUGGAAGGUAAAAAGUAAAGAAUAUAGCGACAGAAACAAGAAGGAUGCGGCAUAUCAAACUUUGUUGGAAAAGUACAGGAAAAGGUACCCUAAAGCGUCAAGGGACGACUUGACGAAGAAGCUAAAUUCUCUGCGAACCAAUUACCGCAAAGAACUAAAUAAGGUACAGCAGUCAAGCAAGUCUGGGGCCGGCACUGAUGAGGUCUAUGAAUCCACCCUGUGGUAUUUUGACGCAAUGGACUUUUUGCAAGACCAGGAGACACCGUCAAAAUCUUUAAGUUCCAUACGAAUUGGUGCAGAAGCUGAACUGAGUGAAGAAGAUGAGGAUGACUUAGUGGAAGUUGUAACGAAAGCUCCUACUACUUCCGUCAGUAAGCCGAACAAGAGGAGGAAGACCACGAAAACUGACAAUGGUGAUCAAAGGGAGGAACUACUUUCGUUAGCGUGCAAACGCCUUAAUCAACCCGAUAAUGAAAAUAUGCCAAUAGCAAAGGCAUGGGCAUCAGAACUCUCCAAAAUGAACCCGAGUCCACAGUUGCUUGCAAAGAAGGCUAUAAAUGAAAUUCUGUUUGAGGGACAAAUGGGAACACUUAAUCGAUAUUCUGUACAAAUAAAUGCAUCCCUUGAUAGACAAACUCCAUAUUACUCUGUACCAGCGGGCAUAAACACCCCCAAUAGUAUACCAAGCUCUUCUUACGGUUUGGCUAACAGUCGACCCAGUAGCCCUUACAGUUACUCCAGCAGCAGACCCGGAACUCCAUACAAUAUUGUAGGCGGUAAUUCUGUAACACCGCAAGGUCUGGAUAAAUCUGGAAGUUUCCGGUGCCAGGUCAUUGAUGAGCCAGAUGGAGUGAAUAUUUCUCAGUCGCCUCUUGGCCAUUAUUUUGCAAAUUUCCAGCCAUAG